UCAGCUGAUAGUGAAAAGUUCAACAAUAACAUCGGAACAGUGUUAUAACCAAUACAAAACUAUUGAAAUAAUUAUUCUCAUUUACGCUUGAUCGAGUUCCGUAGCAUACGCAGUGAGCUGCCAUCCGAGAUGACCUAAAACGCAUUCAGAUCAAUGUAUUAUCGAAACAACCUUCCAUAUGGUAUGGUGGCUUAGUGAUAGUGAAGCCUGAAAUCGAAACCAGCAGUGUGUCUGUUGUCGGUUGAGUUUGUUGACCAACAUGCUAUCAUUCUCACUGCCUCCCAAGACUAUCCGCUUAUCGUCUGCUACAGUUGAAAAAGAAAAACCGCUGGACCUACCGAGAGGAUCCUUCUACAUUGCCAGAAUUGUAGUAUCACUAAACGAAACGACGCAUCUGGGAUAAAUUAGCACUAACGGGCACCGCAAGCCAACACAAUGUUCUGUUGCUGCCGCACUCGCUAUGACUACCGUCCCAUCGAACUGGCAUUUCAACCGAGUGGCUUCGGGAUCCGACACCUGCAGACCGUGCUGUUAUUCUUCGGGCUAACGGUUGCCUAUGCACUACGAGUGAACCUCUCCGUCGCCAUCGUGGCGAUGGUGGACAAAAAAGCGGCCAACGAAGAAUUCGAGGAAUUCAAUUGGAACGAGGAAACGCAGUCGAUCAUUUUGAGUAGCUUUUUCUGGGGAUACGUAGUGACUCAGGUUCCUGCCGGCCAAAUGGCUCAACGGUUUGGGGCAAAAAUUCUUUUGCUCUUUUCACUCGGAAUUUGUUCCUCGCUGGCUGUGCUGACCCCUGUCUUUGCUCAUAUUGGUGAUAGUAAGCUCGUGAUAGCCCUCCGGAUAAUACAAGGUCUCAGUCAGGGUUUCAUCUUCCCAUCAACGCACACUUUACUGUCCAAAUGGGCCCCUGUUUCGGAACGUGGUCGCCUGGGAACCUACUGCUAUGCCGGAGCUCAAUUUGGAACUGUCAUCAUGUUGGCUAUUAGUGGAGUUUUGGCAUCGUCUUCCAUUGGUUGGCCUGGAAUAUUCUAUGUAUCAGGAGCAGCCGGUCUGGUAUGGACUGUUUUGUGGUACUUUUUCGGAGGCAAUUCUCCGGUAGAGCAUCCUACCAUUACUGCUGAAGAGCGAGAUUUCAUAGAAAAUUCACUAGGAAAUCAGGACCACAGUAAACGUAUCGUUACACCCUGGAAAGCUAUAUUCACUUCAGCUCCUAUGAUCGCUCUGAUCAUCGCACAUAGUAGCCACAAUUGGGGCUUCUGGACAUUACUUACUGAAAUGCCUACAUAUAUGAAAAACGUUCUCGGCCUAAAUAUAAAAAGUAAUGCACUGUUAUCUAGUUUGCCGUACUUGGUUAUGUGGAUACUUAGCUUCGUUUUCAGUCCCAUUUCGGAUUUCUUGAUAAAUCAAAACUAUCUUUCCCGUGUAACAAGUCGGAAGCUUUUCAACUCCAUAGGAUUAUGGAUUCCAAUGGGCGCUUUGAUCGGUCUUGCUUAUGUACCCAAAGGCGGUACUGAGUUAGCGAUUGGUCUGCUAACUGCUGCUGUUGGCAUAAAUUCGGCGACAUAUCUCGGAUUCCAAGUGAACCACAUCGAUUUGGCUCCCAAUCAUGCUGGCACUAUGAUGGGUAUCACAAAUUGUGCAGCCAAUAUCAUGUCAAUUAUUGCUCCACUGAUCGUUGGCCAAGUACUGAGUGACGCGAAAGAUCCAGUCCAAUGGAGAACCGUGUUUUACAUCGCAGCGGCAAUUUAUUUCUUAGGAAACCUUACAUUUGUGCUACUUGGUAAAGCUGACAUCCAGCCUUGGAAUGAAGCACAAUCAAACAAAAAAGACGAUGAUACAGAAGCUGCUGUGCCAAACAACCAGAACGCUACAGAACAUAUGAACCACACAGACUAAGCAUGUAACGAAUAAACAUUCUGAUCAUCAAUCAUACUCAUAUAAAUUAGGAAACUAACGUUCAACCAUCUGAGGAUCGCUACUUUUAAGGAUAACAGUACUUAGUCUAGUCCAAAACUGAUACAGCUUUGCAAAGAGCAUCAAAUGAUGGCAUAUCAAAAAAAAAAAACAAAAUACACGAGUGCUCUUAUCGAUUGUGAAUAAAAGUAGGAGAGGAAUUUUCACAUUAAAAUGUGGUAUAUAAGUUCCUGCCAAACGAUGACUAUUAUUAGUUAGGUACAAAAGACAUCCUACAAUUUCUUGGGGUGGAACCUGAGCCAUUCCAACAUAGUAAUACAUUUUUAUUGAUGUUGAAUAAAAAAUUAUUACGAAUAAAUAAA